GGAGGGCUUCAGUCACGCAGCAAGAAGGUCUACUGAGCAGAUAAGGGAGAUGACCAAAUAACAGCUAUCGGUUUCUUUCACUAAGCCUUCUGAAAUCUGAGCCUCUGUAGAAUACUAAGCACUUGGGUCUUACCUACAGACAUGGAUAGAUGCAUUUAUGUUCUCAUGUUAGAGAACUUGAAAUUGUUUUUAAAGGAAGAAGUCAACUUGGACUUCGAGUACUUGGCAUGGGUACAAUGCCUUAAAAAAGCAGAUGACCAGCUUAGCUACUGACCAUGCUGACCAUUGUCUGGAAUUGGAUCAAAUCACAGAAAAACAGUGAAUGGCUUUCUCUUAUACAACAUCCGAACAAAGCACAAUUCCUGAGCACAUUUUGCAGAGCUCAUUUGAUCACUUAAUCUCUUCUAACUGGUCUGGAUCACAGACAGAAUCGAUACCAGAGGAAAUGAAACAGAUUGGCGAGGACCAGGGAAACAAACCGCGCUGGGCAGCUCUUCUGAUACUCAUGGUGAUAAUUCCCACAAUUGGUGGAAACAUCCUUGUUAUCCUGGCUGUUUCACUGGAGAAAAAGCUGCAGUAUGCUACCAAUUAUUUUCUUAUGUCCCUGGCAGUCGCUGAUUUGCUCGUUGGAUUGUUUGUGAUGCCGAUUGCCCUCUUGACAAUAAUGUUUGAGGCUAUGUGGCCCCUCCCACUUGUUCUGUGCCCUGCCUGGUUAUUUCUUGACGUUCUUUUUUCUACUGCGUCGAUUAUGCAUCUCUGUGCCAUUUCAGUGGAUCGGUAUAUAGCCAUCAAAAAGCCAAUCCAGGCCAAUCAAUAUAACUCCCGAGCCACAGCAUUCAUCAAGAUUGCAGUGGUGUGGUUAAUUUCAAUAGGCAUUGCUGUUCCAGUCCCUAUCAAAGGGAUAGACACUGACGGGAGUAACCCAAACAUCACUUGUGAACUGACAAAAGACCGCUUCGGCAGUUUCAUGCUCUUUGGCUCCCUGGCUUCCUUCUUCACGCCUCUGGCGAUCAUGAUCGUCACCUACUUUCUCACUAUCCGUGCUUUACAGAAGAAAGCUUACUUCGUCAGAAACAAGCCACCUCAACGCCUGACGUGGCUGACUGUGUCCACAGUUUUCCAAAGGGAUGAAACACCUUGCUCAUCACCCGAAAAGGUGGCAAUGCUAGGUGACUGUAACAAGGACAAAGCUCUGCCCAACUUAAGUGAUGACAUACUUAGGCGAAGAAUGUCCACAGUCGGAAAAAAGUCACUGCAGACCAUUUCCAAUGAGCAGAGAGCCUCAAAGGUUCUAGGGAUUGUGUUUUUCCUCUUUCUGCUUAUGUGGUGCCCCUUUUUCAUUACAAACAUAACUUUAGUUUUAUGUGAUUCUUGCAACCAGACUACUCUCAAAAUGCUGCUGGAGAUAUUCGUGUGGAUCGGCUAUGUUUCCUCGGGAGUGAACCCUUUGGUCUACACCCUCUUCAACAAGACAUUUCGGGAUGCAUUUGGCAGAUUCAUCACCUGCAAUUACUGGGCCACAAGAUCAGUAAAAAGUCUAAGAAAAUGUUCCAGUAAUAUCUUCCGGAAUCCAAUGGCAGAGAGCUCUAAGUUUUUCAUAAAACAUGGAAUGCGGAAUGGGAUUAAUCCUGUCAUGUACCAGAGCCCACUGAGGCUCCGAAGUUCAACCAUUCAGUCUUCUUCAAUCAUUCUACUAGAUACACUUCUCCUCACUGAAAAUGAAGGUGACAAAACUGAAGAGCAAGUCAGUUAUGUAUAGAAGAAGUGGCACAGCUUCCAUCUAAUGUAAUGAUGAGUAGGACAAUGAAGCAGAUAUAAAUGCACCAAGAAUUAUAUAAAGAACUUAACUCAUUUAUCAUACCAUCUCUGUACACUAAGAGUUACACAUCAAGAUUACCCAAUUGUUUUUAUUUGGACACAGUUACUUCAUGAAAAAAAGAAUUUUGGCUCUGACUGGUGUGGCUUAGUUGGUUUGGCAUCA